UCUUUAUUGGCUCGCAGCAAAAUAUGCGCACGCUUUCCGCUUUUUGACCAACGCAACGCAAGGCUCACGAACUGAAGGCCCAUAACAAAAACAAGAAACAUGAGUAAAGCACAUCCACCAGAGUUGAAAAAGUUCAUGGACAAGAAGCUCUCUUUGAAGCUUAACGGUGGCAGGCAGGUCCAAGGAGUCUUAAGAGGGUUUGACCCCUUCAUGAACUUGGUGAUGGAUGACUGCUUGGAGAUGGCCCCUGGAGGAGUACAGAACACGAUAGGAAUGGUGGUAAUCCGAGGAAACAGCAUCAUCAUGUUAGAGGCCCUUGAACGAGUAUAAUGAAGUGGGAUGGCAAAAUUGGAUUGAAUGUUAAUGGAAACCUGUCAUAUUUCUUUUGUAAUUUCCUUGUUUUUUUCUGGACUAUGUAACAAUCGCAGACACUUAAAUUUGGAAAUGUUUUGAAUUGUGUAAUCUUGUUAAUAAAUUUGGGUAUUUGUUUUCAUUA